AAUAAUAAUUAUGGAGAAAACAGGAGGGCAUAACGAUGAGCCUAUAAAAGAUGACUAUGAAGAACCUGACGACAAAAUGAAGCCUUUCUUGCCAAAUGAUUCUUUCCAGCAAAGCGUAGAGCCUGGGUUGGCAACCUCUGCACCACCAAUGCCAAGUGAGAUGGUAGCGCCCAAAACCACCCCUGCGAUGUUUAAAGGAGUCCAGACACCCGUAUAUUGAGAGUGUCCAAGCUGUAACCUCCCUACUCAUACGAGAGUUGAGGUAAAAGUUUCUCGCCUACAAUGGAUAGUAUGAAUAAUCUUGCUUUUAGUUGGCCUCUGGUGCUUUUGAUGAAUUCCUUUCUACUUCAGAAGCCUUAAAGCUGGAAGACAUUACUGCAAGAACUGUGGAGCACUAAUUGGAUCAUUUAAUUAGUAACAAUCUGCCUAAAUUUUAACUAAUAAGAUUCUCGCCUCCUAAUU